AUGGCCAAACGGAAACCGAGGGGUCCAGAGGGGGAGAAUCCUCGAAAGCGAGUGCGUAUCGUGCAUGAGGCUCCCACCUUUGAAGAAAUUCAUGCUGCGCGACAGCUUAAGCAGCUUCUCACAUUUGAUCAAGACCUCCAGAAAGCUAGACAUGGCUUGCAAUCGCUCAAAGUGUUCCUCGAUACAAUCAACGAUGCUGACACGAGGGAUCCUGAGAAAAUGGGCAUACUGAAAGACUUCCUCGAAGCCUCAAGACCCCGCGGCGAUGAUACGAGCGAAGAUGCUGUAUAUCUUUCAGAGCUCAUGGAGACAUGGAGCUUUGCGGCACAGGUCAACAACGAGAACAUCAUGUCCGCCGUGCCAGUUGCCUUGGCCCUUCUGCUCAAGAUCGUCUCCCAGACACUGGAUCUCACUCCGCACGGCUUAGGGAUCUGUCGGACGCUGCUGCACAAGAGACAACAGGAGCUCCUCGCCCGGAAUCUAUCAGCAGACAAGAGCAAGGAGUUUAUCAUCUCUCCCACGUUGAGACUUGUCCGCGAAGCCAUCUCGUUUGACGGCGGCGUCGUGGCCAAAGCGAUCUUCCGUGCACGGAGUUAUACCUAUAAGUCACUGGCUCGAAACAUGACCGUGAAGUUUCUGGGCGACGGCCUCGAGGAUGGAAAGCGACCGUCAGCCAGGACCAAUGCCAUACGCUUCUUUCUGAGCUCUCUCAAGUUCCUUCAUGCCGAGGCCAAGGCAGAAUUACUGUCUCAGAAAGAUUUGGUGACCGCUUUGACGAAGACGCUGAAGGACGACCCGCCUUAUCUCAUCAUUGAAAUGCUCGAAUGCCUCAAGAAAUCCGUCAUGAUGGACAGGAAAGUGCCGAGGAUUGCUAAGUCGAGGCUUUUGAGCUCCAUGACAUUGAGUCGCAUCGCCGGCCUUUAUCACUAUCACCACGAAACUCAACAGGGAGAUGGAGUCGUAGCCGUGGACGAUGCGGCACAUUCAUUCCUGGUUCAUGCCUGCACAACCCCAAAUGCUGGGGUGCUGCGCGAUCAAACUGGAUUCUACCCGAAGGGGCUUGAUCUCGGCCAGACUUCCCAGGGUUUCGAAGAUUCACCAGAGGCGGGCUUGGCCAAGCCUGUCUUGUUCGACCAGGUCACCGGGGACGUUCCUGUGGAAAACAUAGUUUUGUUCGACUUCAUCCAGGCACUCCGGCCAUGGUCAAACAGCAAGCAAAGCGACCUGGUCAUCGCCAUAUUCAAGGCUGCCCCCGAAAUCGUUGCUGGUUACUUCAUCAGCAAAAAGUCCUUCACCUUUGAGCCAAAACUGUCAGCGACCUGGAUUGGUUAUGCGGCCCUUCUUUUCAGUACUAUUCAGAUACCCAUACCUCGUUUCUUUGGCGCUCACUUGACGUAUGCCCGAUCGCCGCCUCCCACAUCAAUACUUAUCGACAACAUCCUCCCACUCCCUCUCACACAAAAAGUGCUCACACGAUCCUUGUCCCAAAAGUCCAAUCUCGUUUCCUUCUUUGCCACGAGACUUUUGGUUAUUGCACUUCAAAAGUUGCGGCAGGCCUUGCGUCUCCACAGAGAGGCCGUGGCCAUGGGCAAGGCAUCGUGGACUGCGUCUUCAAGAAGACUGGUGGACGAAUUCUGCCAGAGAUGUCCCAAUAUGAGGGAUGCCUUCAAUGCCUAUAGGACCAUACCGCCAGACGAUCUGCUCCACCGAGAGGCUGCCAGUCGUCUGCUGCGCCUCUACUACGAGAUUAUACCGCAAGCUGCCUUUUCGGCAAGAAUUGAUGUAUCGCCACUGCUGGCAGCAGUUCUCCAACAGCUCGAGAACGCUGGUCAAUCAAGCGAGGACAAGGCGCUGAGACUGCUCGAGCUCGAAAACCUCCUCGUUAUUGCAGGGCACUCUCCAGGGAUGCGGUGGUUUUCGAAAUCUGACACCCUAGCGUUUUCGCCUUUUACAUCGCUCCUGAAAGUGUGUGUUGGUACGGACGAAUAUACGACCAUGUCGAGUUUCGGGGUUUUGGAUCUUGUGGCGAGGGAGCAACAGCUGGUCUGGCCCAAUCCCAACUAUUUGGACCUGGCGCCUCUCAUGGAGAGCUUGCGACAGCUCAAGAGGGUGAAACCGACCGCAUUGGAGCAUGUCUGGCCCUUUAUAGACAAUUGCGCCGCUCGAUGUACUGCCACACCCAUCAAGUACCUAGAGGUAGCCAGCGAGAUCCAGAUCAACAGGGAAGACACAAGGCCAAUGGUUUUAAGCCCAUUGUGGCUGGCCAUCAUGGAACAGGUACCCUUCCUGUCAGGGCCUAACGGGGAUGCCCAUGCCGCCGAAAGUAUUGCUCGAUUCAUUGUUGGCUAUGCUGGCUUCUCCGAGUCGGCUGGAGAAGACGCUGCUGCUCUUGGCGAGGUGAUCAAGCGAAUCUCCGAUUCGUUACCUCUCGAAAGCAAGAAGCGCCGGUCCGCAAAAGCUGGAAAAGCAUCAAUGCGAGCCGAGACCCGACGGCCUGCUGUCGAGGUCGGUGAAGAGGACGUCUCGGGAUCUACGGAGACGGCCCGCAGCAAAUCAACCGAGAUCGACCAAGAGUCGUUGGAGGACAUGCUGGCUACCCCAGAUUCGGUCGGCUCUGAUAAUGCGGCGCUCUCAAGAUGGGUUCACAAAGAUGCUGACGAACUGGUCGAGGAGGGACAUGCCGCGGCACUGGUACAGCUGCUUUCGUCGGAGCACACCAGCAUCAGGAAGGAGGCAUUGACCAACGUCAUGAAGAUGGCAGCCAAGAUCCGAGAAUCGACCUACGAGGAGAAGGAGCAGAUAUGGCUGCUUUUGGCUGAAUUGGCAGAAUCGUCCAAGGGAUUCGUCGACGAAAAGCCUCUCCCCAGUCAUAUCGUGGCUUUCGCGUGUGGAGCUCUCAAGGUGCUGAAGAAUCCUCUACACUGCCUUUACGCCAAAGUCAACGCCUUUCUGACGGCUGGCCCCGUCUGGAACCUGGAUAAGUUCCCACUUGUGUAUGAGAUCCUGCAAGAGGGCCCGUCCAAUGACGACGCAUACUACGCCGAGGUGAGCUGGCUGCUGGCAUACCUGCUGGAGAGUCUGCGGACACCUGCCGACCUGUUCUUGGUGCAUGGUAAGCGGCUCUUUGAGCGGCUGCUAGCUCUGACUGCCAACCCGUACGCGCGGCAGCCAGUACGGAUGCAAGUUCUGCGCAUCGUAUAUAGGGCCACGGCGAUCAAGGGCGGUAGUGACACGCUGGUGACGCGGUUUGGCCUGAUUAGCUGGCUCGAGAGCCAGACAGCGAAGUUCAGCGGCGAGGAGGAGGCCAAAAUAUACAAGGCUCUGUUGAGGAGAGUGUGGAAUACGUGCGACCAGGAGAGGGUCAGGCAGUGGAGCCAGGGCGGCAUCGAUGCUCUCCUUGACUGA